CAGCACUGCUAAGCCUCCUGCCCUCCUUACAGUCCAGACCACAUGAAAACGAAGUGGUAACUAAAUCCAUACAGCAAGCUGGGUGAAAGCCUCCUUUCUGUGGGUGCUAAUCUGAAGAUCCUUCCCUUAUCUAAGACGACUUGCCCAUUUUGGCAGAACAUGUGUUAAACCAAAAUCUCACACAGAUUAACUCCCAAGUCACUCAACUGGCUCCAACCACUUUACAUUUAGUUUGAGAAUGUCACAGGAACAAACGUCAUCUCCUAUGAUCUGAGAAACAAGAACGAUACACCACCACCAUUAAGUCCACCUACACUGCCUUAAUGGUGCUGUUGGUGCCUUGCUCCCGUAUUUUGGCCCCUGCAAAAUGGGCUUAAAUAUAUAACUUAAUAUUGAAUUCAUCUUCCCUAUUCCGCGCAUUUUGAGAACUGUGCUUAGUUUUCACUUUGGACGAAUAGGAAUCCUUCUGAUGGCCGUCAUGACAAUGUCUCCAAUAAAAACGGACAGUCUAGCUGGCUGCAAGGCAGGUCUUCUAUCUUACUGGGCACUGUUAAACUGCGAAGUCGGGGCGACACGGCAGCAACUUUAAAAUCAAACCCCAUCCCCAAAGGCUCGACGCUGUGUUUUGGCCUCUGCCGGUUCACGUACUUGGUACGACAGGAGCGCACUUGUUCUCUGCCCGAGAACUUCGUCCCGAGAGAACCUCAGGAACUCGCCGGGGCACACCCCCCGUCCAGGGAAGGAACACGCCCCCGGUGACAGCCGCUACGGCCCCGGCCUUGGGCAACCUCGAUUACGGGCGGCCGCCAGCCCCGCCAGCAGCGCCCCGCGCCCGCCCGCGCCCCUGCCGCCCCCCGGUUCUGGCCGCGGACCCCACUCUCUGCCGUUCCAGCGGCGGCUCCGCUGCCGGUAGCGCCGUCCCCUGGGACCACCCCUCGGCUGGCGCCCUCCCAUGCUCUCGGCCACCCGGAGGGCUCGCCAGCUCCUCCUCCUCCACAGCCUCUUUCCCGUCCCGAGGAUGGGCAACUCGGCCUCGAACAUCGUCAGCCCCCAGGAGGCCUUGCCGGACCGGAAGGAACAGACCCUUGUAGCGGCCAAACAUCAUGUCAAUGGCAACAGAACAGUCGAACCUUUCCCAGAGGGAACACAGAUGGCUGUAUUUGGAAUGGGCUGUUUCUGGGGAGCUGAAAGGAAAUUCUGGGCCUUGAAAGGAGUAUAUUCAACUCAAGUUGGUUUUGCAGGAGGCUAUACUUCAAAUCCUACUUAUAAAGAAGUCUGCUCAGAAAAAACUGGCCAUGCAGAAGUCGUCCGAGUGGUGUACCAGCCAGAACACAUCCGUUUUGAGGAGCUGCUCAAGGUCUUCUGGGAGAAUCACGACCCGACCCAAGGUAUGCGUCAGGGGAAUGACCGUGGCACUCAGUACCGCUCGGCCAUCUACCCGACCUCUGCCAAGCAAAUGGAGGCGGCCCUGAGCUCCAAAGAGGACUACCAAAAGGUUCUUUCAGAGCACGGCUUCGGCCGCAUCACUACCGACAUCCGGGAGGGACAGACUUUCUACUACGCGGAAGACUACCACCAGCAGUACCUGAGCAAGAACCCCAAUGGCUACUGCGGCCUUGGGGGCACCGGCGUGUCCUGCCCAGUUGGUAUUAAAAAAUAAUUUCUCCCCACAUGGUGGGCCUUUGAGGUUCCAGUAAAAAUGCUUUCAACAAAUUGGGCAGUGCUUGUGUAAUUCACAAUCGUGGCAUUUAAAGUGCGCAGAGUACAAAGGAAUUUCUACAGAUCGGGUUUACUGGAGUAUAAUCUAUAGGAGGUGCAAUGGCAAGUUGAUAAAAUAUGAUUUAUCUCCUAAUAAGUUAUGGUGGGAGUGGAGCUGUGCAGUUUCCUGUGUCUUCUGGGGUCUGAGUGAAGAUAGCGGGGGUGCUGUGUUCACCCUUCCCAGUGUGAGCUGGGAGGUUGCCGGACAGGACGGGGAACCCCAGAAGUCUUUUAUCUGUGCUCUCUGCCCGCCAGUGCCUUAGAAUUUGCAAACGUGUGUAGCCUCAAUGAGUCAUUAACUGAAAUCCUUCGCUUUACCAAAUCUAGACAUGCAUAAGGGGCUUUCUCUCCCUUUUCAGCCCUGUCUAUGCAGAGAAAAGAUGUGAGUCUGCUUGAUGAAUUCUAAUGCUUUGCUUAGAGCUAUGAGAAAUGUUUGUUUUAAUAAAAACCUAUAGUCCAAUAAUGCCAA